AUGGCGACUCCAGGCUCUGUCAUUGGAACAUCACUCCUUUUCUUCUCUGGAGCUCUCAUCAUGAGAGGUGCUGGAUGUACUAUCAAUGAUCUAUGGGACCGCAACCUCGAUCCUCAUGUCUCAAGAACUCGACUCAGGCCGAUUGCUCGUGGUGCGAUCACACCGUUCAAGGGACUUGUUUACACCGGGGUUCAGCUGUUUGCCGGGCUUGGGAUAUUGCUCCAAUUUCCCUUGCCUUGCCUCUUUUACGGCGUCCCCAGCUUGCUCUUGGUAGCCAGCUAUCCUUUGGCCAAGAGAGUUACUUAUUACCCUCAAGCAGUUCUCGGCUUCACCUUCUCGUGGGGCGCUAUUAUGGGUUUCCCGGCUCUUGGAAUCGACCUGCUGUCACAUACCCCAGCCUUGACUGCUGCAGCCUGCCUAUAUGCUUCAAAUAUUGCAUGGACAAUAUUAUACGACAUGAUAUAUGCUCAUAUGGACAUUAAGGACGACGUGAAUGCGGGAAUCAAGAGCAUUGCACUGAAGCAUGAUGCUGAGACUAAGCAAGUGUUGACUGGCUUGGCUGCCGUACAAAUCUCUCUUUUGGCUGCGGCCGGAUUUGCAGCCGGUGCUGGUCCCGCGUUCUUUAUUGGAAGCUGUGGAGGAGCUAUGGCCACGCUUGGUAUUAUGAUCAAGCGAGUCAAUCUCAAAGAUGUCAAGGAUUGUUGGUGGUGGUUCAUCAACGGGUGCUGGAUCACCGGUGGCGUGAUCAGCCUGGGCCUAGCUGCGGACUACACUCUCAGAUAUGUCCAGGGACCUGAGGACGACACCAAGUUAGAGAACUGA